CUUUAGCUUCCCAUUACAAAACUUCGUUCUUGUCGGAAAAUCAAACCAUGGCAAACGCAUGGAAAAGAGACAAGAAUCAGAAGCUGCUAUUGGCACCAAAGACCUUAAUCUCACUUCUUGUCCUCUCCAUCAUCUUCCUCUCCUCCCUCUUCUUCUUCUCCUCCUCCUCUUCCUCAUUUCUCCAAAACACCAAUCCAAACCACUCCACCACAAUCAACACAAACUUCCCAAUCCCUCCUUUCGACUGCUUCAAAUGCCCCCAAUCCAAACCCAUCAUCGCCAACGUCGUCGAGAAUCUCAAAUACCCUUUCGUCUACUCCCUCGCUGAUCUCGGUAACCUCCCGGAGAAACCGCACAAGAACAUCGUGAGGCUGCUCAAAGGAAAAGCCUUUCGGAAACCGGACAUCUCCGCCACGAUCCAGGAGGUUCUGGAGAGGAUGAGGAGUGAUGGGAAGAAAGAUGGGUUCGUUGUUGAUGUGGGAGCUAACGUUGGUAUGGCUAGCUUCGCUGCUGCGGCUAUGGGGUUUAAAGUUCUUGCUUUUGAGCCUGUUUUUGAGAAUUUGCAGAGGAUCUGCGAUGGGAUUUGGUUCAAUAGAGUUGCUUCUUUGGUUACUGUGUUUGAAGCUGCUGCUUCUGAUAGAAAUGGGGAUAUUACCUUCCAUAAGUUGGUUGGAAGGCUAGACAACAGCGCGGUUUCGGAGGUGGGGGCAAGACUUGCAUUCAAGUCCAACAAAGAAAUAGCGGUCCAAGUGAAAUCCAUACCUCUUGAUGAACUCAUCAUGCCUUCUCAACCAAUCCUUCUUAUCAAGAUCGAUGUUCAAGGCUGGGAGAAGCAUGUUUUAAAUGGUGCUAAGAAGCUACUCUCCAGGAAACCUGCAGAAGCUCCUUAUCUAAUAUACGAGGAAGAUGAAAGAUUGCUCAAGGCAAGCAAUAGUAGCUCCAAAGAGAUACGCGAUUUCCUGAAAAGCGUUGGAUAUAACAAGUGUGUCCAGCAUGGAACAGAUGCGCAUUGCACUAAGGAGUAAUAGAGACUGGACUUAGCGAAAAGGGCUAUCCAUACGAGUCACAGAAGAAAAUGAGGCAUUGGCAUUUGCUGAGAAAGACAGUUAGUCCAUAAGUUGCUAAUUUGUGGUCAGUCAUAUUUGUUUCUCCUUGUAAUAUUUAUUCAAUUUUUUUGUGAUAACAGUUCUAAGUAGUAAAGAUAUGUUAUUGUUGAUGUGGCUGUUUGAUAAAGAACACUGAAUAGUAAUUCCGUCUGGCUAAUAGUAUGUUUCAAAAACACAAUUAAAAAUUGUCUCGAUGAUCUUGACCGUGA